UGACCGAGCCCUGCUAUGCAUGAGGCUCUGCACAGGUAGUCAAGUCUCCCCCUGAUAUCUUUUGGGGCGCACCACCAGCCUCCUCGAAAGGUCAAAUGAGAUUGUACUUACAGCAUUUUGUUCUCCUUGUUUGAAUAUCGAAACUUCUGAACCAUCACAAUGUCGGAUUCGCGCCGAAUCAUCGUUUCCAUAGAUUUUGGGACAACGUUUUCUGGGCUUGCCUGGGCAGAGACUAGUAGGGCUGACCCCUACGUGAUUGACAAAUGGCCUACGCAUGCAUCCUCCACCACAAGUCCCAAGGUCCCUACCGAGUUGCGAACCGUAGCCAGCGGGUUCCAAUGGGGCUUCCAAAUACCCAAGACAGCAAAACGCAACAAAUAUUUCAAGCUCAAGCUCGAUGAUCCUACGUCCAAUUCUGCUGAUGCUCAUCCCCCAGAAGAGCUUACGCAGCUAUACUUGUCGUAUUUAUACAAGCAUUUGAUAUCGUUCCUGAGAGAGAGAUUAUCGUCGAGCGUCGUGGACAGUACUCCCAUGGACUUUGUACUGACAGUUCCGGCUAUCUGGUCGAACUCUGCCAAACAGAAAACCGAGACAGCAGCGGUAAGGGCAGGCUUCAAGGCUGCGAGAGGCAGGAAGAUACACCUCGUUUCAGAGCCGGAAGCCGCAGCCAUUUACACGCUGAACAACCUCGGUCAGUCGAGGUUGAAUGUAGGGGGCACAUUCGUCGUAUGUGAUGCCGGCGGUGGAACUGUCGACCUCAUAUCGUACAAGAUACUGCAGCUCACUCCAAGUCUACAAGUCCGGGAAGCGACCGAAGGUACCGGCGCGAAGUGUGGCUCGUCUAUGCUGAACAAGCGUUUCCGGCGAUACCUGAAGCAAAAACUGGGAGAGAGCUAUUGGACGGCUGACCGACUAGUUGAAGCAAAUAACGCAUUCGAGGAUUAUAAGAAAACGUUCAUACCAAAUGGGGAGCCGAUGUCCCUUAGAGUGGAGCUUCCCAACGACCCGAGCCGCAACAUACGCCGGAGCCGAUUUCGCAUCCCUCAAGACGACAUGCAGAAGGAGGUCUUUGAACCCAUUAUCAAGGAUGUCCUCGGGCUCGUUCAAGAACAGAUAUCUUUGGCCGGCACAGGCGUGGCUGCAGUUCUGCUCGUUGGAGGGUUCGGCCAAAGCCAAUAUCUCAAGGACCGCGUCAGCGCUGCCGCCGGUUCUUCGAUCAGAGUACUACAGCCAAGUAACGGUUGGACAGCAGUGGUACAAGGCGCAGCCAUGAUUGGACUGACACGGGCGAGUCCGAGGCUGGCCAGAGUGAAUAUAUCCGAACGAGUGGCAAGGAAACAUUACGGGACAGAGUUGAUAACAGCCUUCCAGCCUGGCAUUGAUGAUGAAAGCAAAAAGUUUUGGUAUGAGAAGUGGCGGUGCGACGUGGUCAAGCGCAUGAUAUGGUUCAUCGAGAAGGGCCAGUCAUAUCCAGAGGAUCGUCCUUCAAACAUUGAGUGCUAUAUCGACUUCCCCGUCCGGAGUGGCAUGCCCGCUGGCACACGAAUUGAGAUUUUCCAUAAUUCCGUCGACCGCAGUGCUCCACGCUACAGGAACAGCAACACCAAGCGGGUCGCGCAACUAGAUGUGGACAUGGAUCGUGUUCAUCUAGGACGCAAACUAUUCAGCAGCAAAAAGAAGAGAAUGGGGGGUCAUUGGUACUUCUCUUUCACAUUCAACAUUGAGGCUACCUACGAGAGUGCUUGGAUCAGAUACACUCUCACGUUGAAAGAUAAGGAGCACGAUGCCAUCAGUGUGAAUUACGACCAGUAGAUGACUUUGCCACCAUUCGAUGCCUGUAUCGCUUUGGUUAGAGAAGCUACAUGAGAAGGAUGCGAAACAUACUCUUCUUUUCAUCUUGUCCCCACAUCUAGGUACAGUGGGUAGGCGUAUUGGCGCACUGAGGUUGAAUGGCCUUGGGAAUGACUGGCAGCAUUUACAUUGUAGGGUCUGUCUAGAACGAGUGGCGCGGAAGAAAAUGUAGAUAUCUU